AUGACGACACACACAGGUCCAUCCCUGGGCAUUCUCUUUGGUAACAUCUGCCUUGUGGCGAAGGAGGACUUUGGCAGACUCUAUGUAUCCCAAGGAAACAGCAAGGUGCAGCAAGGUCCGGCCUCGUGGAUCCCGUUGAUCAACAUCCUGUUGAACAACCAAGAGCGGCUGAGGAGCAGCGAGGUGUGCGCCGACUGCAGCGCUCAGGACCCUUGUUGGGCAUCAAUAAACCGGGGGAUUUUAAUUUGUGAUGAGUGCUGUAGUGUGCAUCGGAGCCUGGGGCGUCAUAUCUCACAAGUGAGGCAUCUCAAACACACACCAUGGCCUCCAACGUUGCUGCAGAUGGUUGAAACACUGUAUAAUAAUGGUGCUAACUCCAUAUGGGAACAUUCUUUGCUAGACCCAGCAUCUGUUAUGAGUGGAAGGCGCAAAGCUAACCCACAGGAUAAAGUCCAUCCCAACAAAGCAGAAUUCAUUAAAGCUAAAUAUCAAAUGCUAGCAUUUGUUCAUCGCUUGCCAUGCCGAGAUGAUGACAGUGUUACUGCCAAAGACCUUAGUAAGCAACUCCAUUCCAGUGUGAGGACAGGGAAUCUGGAGACAUGUUUGAGAUUACUCUCUUUAGGAGCCCAAGCCAACUUUUUUCACCCCGAAAAAGGAAACACCCCACUUCAUGUUGCUGCCAAAGCAGGACAGAUUUUACAGGCAGAGUUGUUAGCAGUCUACGGUGCUGACCCUGGCACACAAGACUCCAAUGGAAAAACUCCGGUAGACUAUGCAAGGCAAGGUGGGCAUCAUGAUCUGGCAGAGCGCCUUGUAGAAAUACAGUAUGAACUUACUGACAGACUUGCAUUCUAUCUUUGUGGAAGAAAACCGGAUCACAAAAAUGGACAACAUUUUAUUAUACCUCAAAUGGCAGACAGCAGUCUAGAUUUAUCUGAAUUGGCAAAAGCAGCUAAGAAGAAGCUUCAGUCUCUAAGUAACCAUCUAUUUGAAGAACUUGCCAUGGAUGUGUAUGAUGAAGUUGACAGGCGGGAAACAGAUGCAGUUUGGCUUGCUACUCAGAACCACAGCACAUUGGUGACUGAGAAAACAGUUGUCCCUUUUCUUCCUGUAAAUCCCGAAUAUUCCUCAACAAGGAAUCAGGGAAGACAGAAACUGGCCCGGUUUAAUGCCCAUGAAUUUGCUACGCUAGUUAUAGAUAUUUUAAGUGAUGCUAAACGAAGACAACAAGGAAAUUCUGUCACGGGUUCUAAAGAGAACGUGGAACUGAUAUUGAAAGCUAUCAACAGCCGUCAUAAUAGUGAGAACCAGGAUAUUGACCAGCCUGAUUAUGACAGUGUUGCAUCAGAUGAAGAUACAGAUUUGGAAACAAAUGCAGCUAAAGCAAGCAGGCAGAAGAGCCUGGAUUCAGACUUGUCAGAUGGGCCAGUCACAGCACAAGAAUAUAUGCAGGUUAAAAAUGCCUUGAUGGCUUCUGAAGUAAAGAUACAACAGCUAAUGAAGGUGAACAUCAACUUGAGUGAUGAACUGAGAAUUAUGCAGAAAAAGCUUCAAACGCUACAGAGUGAAAAUACAAACCUCAGAAGACAGGCCACAACCAAUAUAUAUCAGGUCCAAACUGGUUCUGAAUAUACAGAUCCCACCAACAAUUCUUCUUUAAAGCGACGACCAUCUGCCCGGGGUAGCAGACCUAUGUCUAUGUAUGAGACUGGAUCAGGUCAGAAACCCUACCUCCCUAUAGGAGAGGUCACAUACCCAGAAGAGAGCAUAACAAGACUACAGCCUUUCCCUCCACAUAUCGGGAGGAGUGCGUUUGUGACCUCCUCUUCAUCUCUGCCUUCCUUCCCCUCCACGCUUUCCUGGUCAAGGGAUGAAAGCACACGAAGGGCAUCAAAAUUAGAGAAACAGAAUAGCAUGCCUGAAAGUGACUAUGAUAACCCCACCCCCAGUCUGGAGCUGGAUGAACCAGGGUCAGGUAGAAAAGGAAGGCAGAGAAGUGUCAUUUGGCAGGGGGAAGGGUCUAUCCCUGAGAACACCGACACAGACGCAGCCCCAAGCUCCACCCUGCCCAGCACAGAAGAUGUUAUUCGAAAAACUGAACAGAUCACUAAGAACAUCCAGGAGCUGUUGCGAGCAGCACAAGAAAAUAAGCAUGACAGCUAUAUACCAUGCUCAGAAAGAAUACACGUGGCAGUAACAGAAAUGGCAGCUUUGUUCCCAAAAAAACCCAGAUCUGAGCUGGUGAGGACUUCCCUACGCCUGCUGACAUCUAGUGCCUACAGACUCCAGUCGGAAUGCAAAAAAACCCUUCCUGUGGAGCCCUGCCCUACCACGGACAUCCAGCUGGUCACUCAGCAAGUUAUUCAGUGUGCAUAUGACAUUGCUAAGGCUGCUAAGCAACUGGUUACCAUCACAACCAAAGAGAACAACAACUGAGGCCGGUUGGGUUUUUUAGUCUUGCUUUUAUAAAGGUUGGAUUUAAAAUUUAGACAUGUAACUAUUCAGAUUUUUACAAGAAAAUUAAGGGGGGCAAGAAACUUUUUUUAAAAGCUCAGUAUUAUUUUUGCAUGUUUUCUAACAGAAUUUUCACUGAUUAAUUUAACCCACUGCCUUAUUUUUGUGCCUGUGUUGCCAGUUUAGUUAUAGAUUAUAGUAUGUUGCAUAUAGCUGUCAAGCCAAUAUAACAAACCAAUGUUGUAUCACAAGUUCUUAUAGGAGAUUCCUGGUGGCCAUAUUCUGCUUUCAGAUAUUGCGCGCACAACUUCCAUCAAAGUCAAAUGCACAUAUCAGAGGGCAGAAUCUCACCUUCGCUCUGUACAUCCUGGAGCUUGGUCUGCAGGGGAAAUCCCAUGGAAUAGCUUGCUCUGUUUCAUAGUAGCUAGGGUCAGGAGGGACCUGAACAGAUCAUCUAGCCUGACCCCCUGCCACAGGCAGGAAUGGAUGCUGGGGUCCCAAGACCCCAGGCCGGGGA